AUGCUCUCUCUAAGGCAGGCAUCACCGCGGGUGGCACCUUACCUUGCCUCUCUGAUCCCGCCGCCUGGUUUGCAGCGGUCAAUAGCUUCCAGUACCCUUCUUCCAAUCCGCAACGCCUCCACCGAAGUCGAGAAACACGAGUAUGGAAGCGCUCCUCUUACGGCAACGGACAAACUGCGAAGAGAAUUUCCUUUGCCUAGCCAGGAAAAGGAGGGUGGGGCGAUGCAAUAUGCACUGACGACGCUUGACCAAGUUACAAAUUGGGCAAGACAGGGCUCUUUAUGGCCCAUGACAUUCGGGUUAGCUUGUUGUGCAGUGGAGAUGAUGCAUUUGUCGACUCCCCGUUACGACCAGGAUCGCCUGGGUAUUAUUUUUCGGGCCUCUCCGCGACAAUCGGACGUGAUGAUCGUUGCGGGGACUUUGACGAACAAGAUGGCACCAGCACUAAGACAGGUUUAUGAUCAGAUGCCCGAUCCUCGCUGGGUUAUCAGCAUGGGAAGUUGUGCAAACGGCGGCGGCUACUAUCACUAUAGCUACUCGGUUACAAGGGGCUGUGAUAGGAUAGUACCAGUAGACAUCUAUGUUCCCGGAUGCCCUCCAACCUCAGAAGCUCUUAUGUAUGGAAUCUUCCAACUGCAGAAGAAGAUGCGACACACCAGGAUCACUCGAAUGUGGUACCGCAAGUAAAAUAGCUUCAUUCAUAUCCAAAUAAUACAAAAAGGAACCAGGGCCUCUUUAUAUCGGGUUGUUUUUAAAAUCGGAAACCUGAAGUUCAAAAUGGUAUUGUAUAUAAAUACAGCUGUAUGACGGUAUAUUUUAUUUUGUAAAAUAAUAAUGCCUUUCAAAGUGUAGUAACUGCGAACAAGCCCAAUAUAGGUAGCCGAAUUGUCCUCUGAGCGUUAUUAUGUGGAUAUACCUUACCAGCUUAUAUAUAGCUGA